UGAAGAAAAUUGCUAGAAUGUGUCUUCAGGCUGUUUAUUUCCAAAAGGGGUAUCCGCCAGUGUUAGGAUAGAGACAGGUCUGGUCUAAUUUGCAGUGUUUCUGACCAAGAUGAUUGACUUUCAUGCAUGUGCAGAGUAUGUGGUGGAGUGGGCUGCCAAAGACCCCUACGGUUUCCUCACCACUGUCAUCCUGGCCCUUACACCACUUUUCAUUGCCAGCUCCCUUCUGUCCUGGAAACUGGCCAAGAUGAUUGAGGUUCGUGACCGGGAACAAAAGAAGAAGCAGAAACGUCAGGAAAACAUAGCCAAAGCAAAGAGGACCAAGAAAGACUGAGUCUGCGAGGGCAGGAAAGAGGGCAUUUAAUAGGAGGAGCAACCACCUUGCCAAAUAAACCUCCUUAUUCCAAAUCAUGACACGGUGCCCUUCCUCGUCCCAGCCCUAUCGACAGCACAGGGCCACCACUUCUAAUGUCCUAAAUGGAGAAAGGGACACUGGCCCCACAGGCCUAAUAGUGCUGAGACAGACAGUGCUGCCCAGAGACUUGUCCUGGUGGGACUCUGGUCAGCAAGAGCACAGUGGUCAUCCGUACCAUGGUUUUUAUACAGAGAUCUGCAGAUUCAAUUAUACAGCUGUUGCUGAACUUUGCAUUCCAAAAUUAGCAUUGUGCUAACCUGAAAAUGUAAUAAGUGUACUGGAACUAUUAUUUUCAUGUCACCUGCAAAGGAUCCAAAUCAACCUUUUAUUGAAUAAAGUUUUCAUGGUUGAUAGAUCCAUCCAUCCAUCCAUUUUCAUCCAUUUUCAUCCGCUUAUCUGUUACCGGGUCGCGGGGGCAGCAGUUGCCACCCAAAUCACACUGCACCGUACCAACCGCCCUAAACCUUCCUGCGGGUGGUGAGUCCACUGGAAGGUACCAACCAGCCACCUGGUUGAUAGAUACAAAAAUUAAUUAUUUUCUUUUUUUUAGUAUUUAGCAUUAGAAGAUCUUGAAACUAUGUUCAAUUGUUCCACUUUAAAACUAUUCUGCGAUGUUUUAUUAUACUUGUACUCAAGCACUACACUAAACCAGGGCUUUUAUUGCACUGUUCAGCAGUUUGUAUAAAAAAAUUAACAGCAUGAGCACAAGUCAUGAGAGGCACUAAAUGACAACAGAUGUAAAAGAUCAACUUGUUGCCAAAGGUGACAUUAAAUAUUGAUUGGAGGGAGAGAGGAUUUCUCUCCCCUGGUUUUACUGUUCCAUCAGUUUAUUGGUUUAAAAAUUUACUACGUUCACUAACUGUUGUAAAAUAAUUAACCAUUCAGAGGUCCAGAGGGAUGAAUAGGUUUUAUAGGCACAGUAUCUUGCACUUUCCAUGGUGUAAAGACAAUCAACAGUUAAGACCGAUAAUCCUAAAUACAGACUGUCAAACAAAUGCACAUUUCAGCUCUUUCAUUCCCCCCUUCCUUCCCCGUUGCCCUUGAUUAAUCUCAGGAUGCACUGUGCUGCCGUCUCCUGACGGCUUUAGCAUUGCAGCAUGAGCACGUUCUCAGCUGCAGGAUCCCACUGCACUGCUUUUUUAGCAGGUUCUCAAGCUGUUACCUCAGCUGAUGGAGCUUCACACGGCUGCCAAUUACUUUACUUUAGCAUUGUUAGCAUUUGGAUCUACAGGCACUGGCGGCACCUUCAAGUUACUGCAAGUACAAACAAAAGAAUGAUGGUGAACAUCUGUCUCCAUCUCGCCCACUCUCUGCUGCCUCCUCUGCAGUUGCUGCGUCCGUUUGUUUGUCUUUCUACACAUUGUUCACAAGGCUUUUCUGUUUAUAUCUUUUUUUUCUGCCUAGUAUCUCCAAUAACCUUUGUCCAUUGUCUCCCCUCGACAUGUUUCCAAAGCCUAAUUUUUUUCUACAAACUGCUCAAUAUUAUCGUCCUCUGCUUUUUUUCAUUGCUAGAUUUACUCACAUUGGUCACGCUGCUGCCAACUCCACCUCCAGUUCAGCUUCCAAACCAUACACCAUAGCAUAUCUCACAAAAGCCAUGGUUGUACAUUUUAUUUAAAUUGAGUUUAAAAGGUUCUGUUAGGCAACUGGACGUGGAUUUUCUAAAAGAAGACGUUUCACCUCUCAUCCAAGAGGCUUCUU